AUGGGCGCGGACAGAGCGAACGGCGUGGUGAACUACUGCCGCCGCCCCCCCCAGCGGCCCUUCCUGCAGAAGAUCCGCUACGCGAUCUGGAACCCCGAAGAGAGGACCUUCCUCGGCCGCACCGGCAGGAGAUGGGGUGUGAUCGGACUCAUAUACCUGGUGAUGUACAUCUGCAUCAUUAUCUUCUUCUCCAUCUGCAUGUGUGGACUCCUGGCGACCAUGGACGAUCGCAUCCCGUACUUCACUCUCGCUGACUCAAUUAUUGGGGACAACCCUGGUAUGGCGCACAGACCGCUGGUUUACGAGGAGGGCGCUUUGAUUUGGUACGACGCGAGCAACGCCACGCAGUACCGCAAGUACGUGGCCAACAUCGACGAGUUCCUAGCGCCCUACGAGAACAAAACGCUGCUGGUGACCCGCGGCGAGAACCAGCGAGACUGCGGUGCGGUGAAGCCGCCCAGAGCGGAGGUCUGCGCCUUCAACACCAGCCUCCUCGGCCCCUGCACCAGCGCCAACGGCUACGGCUACCCCGACAGGACGCCCUGCCUCAUCAUCAAACUCAACAAGAUAUAUGACUGGAGCCCCAAUUUCUACGAUGACCCGGGCGAGCUGCCGCCUGAGAUGCCGCCCGAUAUAAAGCAAUACAUCAAUUCAACGACCACGCCACAGGAACGCCGCAAGACCUACUUCCCGUACGACAACACCCCGGGCUACCUCAGCCCGCUGGUCGCCGUCCAGCUCCUCGAGCCGACGCUCCACCAGAUCAUCAACAUCCGUUGCCGCGCGUGGGCUCGCAACAUCCAGUACACCGAGAGCCUCAAGGAGCGUCUGGGAUCCACUCACCUGGAGAUCAUGAUCGAC